AUGGCGUUCCACCCAGACAGUCUCCCCGAUCUCGAGGGCAAGGUAUUUAUAGUGACAGGGGGGAACUCUGGCAUAGGCUACCACACCGUUGCUCGCCUUGCGGAACAUGGCGCUCAUGUCUACAUGUGCGUCAGGUCAUUGGAUAAGGGUGCACGGGCAAUCGCUGAGAUUAACGAAAAAUGCCCCUCGGCGAACGUUGACCUCUUGCAAAUGGAUUUGACGGACCUCGCCACCGUUGUUGCAGCCGCCAAAUAUUUCCUCACUCUCGAAACAACGCUGCAUGGAUUGGUCAAUAAUGCAGGGAUCAUGGCCACACCCUUCGAGAUAACCAAGGAUGGACACGAGGCCCAGUGGCAAGUCAACUACCUCGCUCACUGGGUCUUGACGGAACAUAUGCUUCCUUUGAUGCUACAAACAUCUAAGAAUCUCGCCCCGGGCAGCGUACGCAUCGUCAAUCUUACUUCAUCGGGCCACUUGGGAGCACCCAAGGGCGGGAUUAACUUCAACGACCCAUCCCUAAGAGAAGGGAAUACUUGGACACGAUACGGACAGAGCAAGCUUGCCAACAUUUUGCAUACAAAGUCUCUGCAUGAGAGAUAUGGGCCCGGCUCUCGCAGUGCACGAAAUGAAGAGGGCGAGAUCUGGGUUACAUCCGUACACCCUGCGUCUUCUGCGCGGCAAGCGAGGAUAUGGAAGCUGAACAAGCCGGUGGCUACUUGGAAAUAUUCCGGCGAUUCGGAGAGCCUAGAUGGCAGAGUAGCGCAGCAAAGGAUGUGGGGCUUCUAA